UGGUGGGAGAUGGUUGAGGGGCGUGGGUGGGUCAGCGUUCCUUGGGGACCCGUGAAGCUUGGGCUUAGGGCUCACAGCAUGGGUCCCCAGCAUAGACAAGAGGCGGACAGCUUCCCGUGAACUGCAGGGAAGUCAUGGGACGCUGUCCUCCAGCGAGGUGGGGACCGGCCAUGUCCCUCAGUUCCCCCUCGGUCCUCGGGCCACAGGGACAUUAGACUAGGGGGUCAGUUCUGCCAGCCCUGCCCAGGCCUCUUCUGACCAGAGGAGCUGCGACGGACGCGGAGUUCAGGCCCCUUGGCGACCGCGGUCUCCUGAACUCGACCCCUUCCCUGCUCCCAUGAGGAAGAACCCUGCCCCUAGAACAGCCUCUCCUCCAGGUGUCUUCCCUACACUACCCCUCCGCCGGCCGGGAACUCCGCCAGGCCUAGAGACGCCGACCCGGCCCUUUCUAGCUCCUCCCCGGCUCGGACCUGGUCCCCGCCCUCGGCCGCCCGCCAGUCCCCGAGGCGUACACGUGUAGAUCCCGUCACGCCCGGAAGUCUCGCGUUACUCAAACGCCUCGCGCAGUCGCACUUGCGUUCAGGGGAGGGGCGGGGCGAACGGAAGCCGGGAAGGCGAUUCGUAGCUCGCGGGGUACCGGCGCGCGUGCGCACUCCGCAGCCCGUUCAGGACCCCGGCGCCGGCAGAGCGCUCACGAGCUGGCUGGCUGCUUGCACCCACAUCCUUCUUUCUCUCGGUCCUGGGGUCGCGGUUACUUGGGCUGGCCGGCGAACCCUUGAGUGGCCUGGCGGGGAGCGGGCCUCGCGCGCCUGGAGGGCCCUGUGGAACGAAGAGAGGCACACAGCAUGGCAGAAAACCGAGAGCCCCGCGGUGCUGUGGAGGCUGAACUGGAUCCAGUGGAGUACACCCUUAGGAAAAGGCUUCCCAACCGCCUGCCCCGGAGGCCCAAUGACAUUUAUGUCAACAUGAAGACUGACUUUAAGGCCCAGCUGGCCCGCUGCCAGAAGCUGCUGGACGGAGGGGCCCGGGGUCAGAACGCGUGCUCUGAGAUCUACAUUCACGGCUUGGGCCUGGCCAUCAACCGCGCCAUCAACAUCGCGCUGCAGCUGCAGGCGGGCAGCUUUGGGUCCUUGCAGGUGGCUGCCAAUACCUCCACCGUGGAGCUUGUUGAUGAGCUGGAGCCAGAGACCGAUACACGGGAGCCACUGACUCGGAUCCGCAAUAACUCAGCCAUCCACAUCCGAGUCUUCAGGGUCACACCAAAGUAAUUGAAAAGGCACUCCUCCACUUAUACCCUCCGUGAUGUGGCUCUUUGCGUGCUGAGUACUGGACCUCGGACCAGAGCCGUGUAAGAAAAGGCCUGUUCCCUGGAAGCCCAAAGGACUCUGCAUUGAGGGUGGCGGUAAUUGUCUCUUGGUGGGCCCAGUUAGUGGGUCUUCCUGAGUGUGUGUAUGUGGUCUGUAACUAUUGCCAUAUAAAUAAAAAAUCCUGUUGUACCAGU